CACUCCUGCCGAUGUUGAGACGAUCUGCAAGAAAAUAUUGACGCUACGGAUAUUCGACGACGGCGCCGGAGCGAUGUGGAAGAAAAGCGUCAAGGACAUAGAUGGGGAGGUCCUAUGCGUCUCGCAGUUUACGCUCUUUGCCAACACGUCCAAGGGGAACAAGCCAGACUUUCACCGACCAUGGGAACAGACGCGGGCCGGCAAAUGUACACCUCAUUCUUGGAAAGAAUGCAAGCACUGUACAAGCCGGACAGAUAAAGACGGACGUUUCGGUGCUAUGAUGAGUGUUAGUCUAAGCAACGAGGGCCCGGUCACAUUCAAUUUGGACUCGCGCAAGUUCGAAUACGUGCAGGAGAGCACGGCAGGAUCCGCAAGCAAGGCUCCAAAUACGACGAAGUUGAAGCAGCCAGAAACAGAAACCGACAUUGUACGACUCCAGCGAUAGACACAUGAGAAGCACUGUAUGUGUAGUGAGACGUGUGGUCUUGAACUAUUAGACACUUCCUAAACUACGAAAUACUAAAGGACUUGAAGAUACGCUCUAAUGAAGAUCAUGAACGUCCCAGAUUAGAGGCGACUA